AGUGGGCGGGGCUCUGUUGCCUGAGUAACCGGAUGAUGGUGGUGGUGGUGGUGUCUUCCUGUCUCAACGAUACCUAUUUUCUAGUGCUGAGAUCCUGAGACAAUGAAUCAUAGUGAAAGAUUCGUUUUCAUUGCAGAGUGGUAUGAUCCAAAUGCUUCACUUCUUCGACGUUAUGAGCUUUUAUUUUACCCAGGGGAUGGAUCUGUUGAAAUGCAUGAUGUAAAGAAUCAUCGCACCUUUUUAAAGCGGACCAAAUAUGAUAACCUGCACUUGGAAGAUUUAUUUAUAGGCAACAAAGUGAAUGUCUUUUCUCGACAAUUGGUAUUAAUUGACUAUGGGGAUCAAUAUACAGCUCGCCAACUGGGCAGUAGGAAAGAAAAAACACUAGCCCUAAUUAAACCAGAUGCAAUAUCAAAGGCUGGAGAAAUAAUUGAAAUAAUAAACAAAGCUGGAUUUACUAUAACCAAACUCAAAAUGAUGAUGCUUUCAAGGAAAGAAGCAUUGGAUUUUCAUGUAGAUCACCAGUCAAGACCGUUUUUCAAUGAGCUGAUCCAGUUUAUUACAACUGGUCCUAUUAUUGCCAUGGAGAUUUUAAGAGAUGAUGCUAUAUGUGAAUGGAAAAGACUGCUGGGACCUGCAAACUCUGGAGUGGCACGCACAGAUGCUUCUGAAAGCAUUAGAGCCCUCUUUGGAACAGAUGGCAUAAGAAAUGCAGCGCAUGGCCCUGAUUCUUUUGCUUCUGCGGCCAGAGAAAUGGAGUUGUUUUUUCCUUCAAGUGGAGGUUGUGGGCCGGCAAACACUGCUAAAUUUACCAAUUGUACCUGUUGCAUUGUUAAACCUCAUGCUGUCAGUGAAGGACUGUUGGGAAAGAUCCUGAUGGCUAUCCGAGAUGCAGGUUUUGAAGUCUCAGCUAUGCAGAUGUUCAAUAUGGAUCGGGUUAAUGUUGAAGAAUUCUAUGAAGUUUAUAAAGGAGUAGUGACCGAAUAUCAUGACAUGGUGACAGAAAUGUAUUCUGGCCCUUGUGUAGCAAUGGAGAUUCAACAGAAUAAUGCUACAAAGACAUUUCGAGAAUUUUGUGGACCUGCUGAUCCUGAAAUUGCCCGGCAUUUACGCCCUGAAACUCUAAGAGCAAUCUUUGGUAAAACUAAGAUCCAGAAUGCUGUUCACUGUACUGAUCUGCCAGAGGAUGGCCUAUUAGAGAGAGAAGAGCGCCAGAGUAAGUGAAACAGAAUUGUGUGAAUUAGCCGUCUCGUUGGAUUCUACCCAAUCACACUGUGAAAAUCCAUUAUGCAUUAUGCUUAUAUUCCAUUGUGUAAUGAAUGGUAAUUGUUCUAAUGAUAAAUACUGGUCCCUUUUGGUACCAACCUUAGAGUUAGAAAUAGCUUAAUCUGUUAAGUAAAUGAAUAAAAACCGCAAGUUUAAAACAGCAAAAAUAAUUUCUUUGCUUGGAAUAUCAGUGUACAUAUCUUUCCGUGCAAAGUUCUCCACUUUUCUCAUUACCCAUUAACUUGUUGGUUACUCUACAAUCACCAUCUGAGAGCUAAAAUCUGCUGCUUACUAUUCACAAGGCAGAGAGAAUUAUAAAACAUUAUACAAUAGUAGCACACAGCAUAGCUUUGAAUCUUUCCAUAAAGUCAUCAUAAUGGUACAUUUUCUGAGUAUUGCCUUCAGAUUGUUUUAAUAAAGAAUUCAUUGUUCUAGUGUUUACAUGAUGAUUUUCUGUAACAGAAACUGAUACUGACAUUGAUACCUUAGGCUAACGCAAUUUUUAGUCAUUUUACUGGGGUAAAAAUAACUUUGUUGUAUAAUAAACAAAUUGCUCAAGCAAUCCUCCUGCUUCAGCUUCCAGUAAUUGGAACGGCAGGUGCAUGCCACAGUGCCUGGCUUCUUCUACCAUUGAUAAUUUUGGUCCUUCUCAGGUUAACAUAUAUUUAUUGAAGGCCUGUUUGUGCCAUUCACUGUUCUAGGCACUGCAGCUAAAUAAGACACACUCCUCAUUCUCAAAAAACUUAACGUUCUCCAGGAAAAAUUGUUAUCAAAAUUGACAUCAGAAACUAAAUGCUAGGAGACUGAUCCUUCCUGGGUUUCAUGAAAGCCCCUAUCAGGAAGUAAAUGCUAGGAGGUUGAUCCUUAUUGGGUUUCAGCACAAGAAUCAGAUGAGCCUCCUGUUAGAUAUGAAAUCUGCUCCAAGUAUUGGAGGAUAGGUUAAAAAAACAAAACAUAGAAUAGUAUUCCAGGCUGAAGAAAUAGUGUGUAUGUUGUAUAAUAUAUUCUCUUGUAAUGGCCUUUGUGGAUAAUUACACAUUGCAAGUAUUCAAUUUUAUUUGCUGGUAUUCCAGUUUGUUUUCUCAUUUGAGGGAUAUUAUGUAUCCAUUCUCUUAGUUCUUUACCUUGGUUUUUUGUUUUUGUCUUUGUUUCCCGAGAUGGAGUCUCACUAUGUUGCCCAGGCUAGAGUGUAGUAGCUACUCACAGGAGCAAUCCCUAAUUCCAUGUAGGGAAACUAAUGGAAUUUGAUAUAGCAGAGUUUAAAAAGACAUUAGAGAAUUGCAGAUGAGCAUGGAAAGGUAGCUAAGGCUCAAGUCAUAUGAUUAUUUUAUGCCAAAUUUAGGAGUUUGAAAUUUACUCAUAGGGUUAGUCCAUGGACUGACUGGCUGAAAUUGUUUGCAAAAUAUUCAUUCUGGGGGGGGAAAUGGUCCAUAGCUUGUUAGAUCUCAAAGUUGUCCACAAUAAAACAAAAAUUGUUAAGAAUAUUGCAGUGAAAAGUUUAAGUAAAUGCUCAUACUGUUCACUAAUUAGAGUGAAGUAAGGCAUUACCAUAUCCAUGUUUCAUAUUACAAGAAAUGUGAUGUACAGAGCUGUCAGUGCAAUGAAUGGAAGUUGCCAGGAAGACUUCUGUAGCCAAAACUAAACCGUAAAUUCAUUCAUUGAACAUUUCACUGAACUUUUCCUAUACACCAGAAACUGGUAAGCACUGAGGAGACAGUAAUGAACAAGAGCUCCUAUUCAGACACACAUUCCAUUCAGGGCUCAUAGUCUAAUGAGAAAGGCAGACAUUAACCAGAUAAUCACAAAAAAGAAAUGGACAAGUACAAACUCUGAUUAUUGCUCUGUAGUAAAAGACAGGAUGAGUUGUAAUCGGGGAACCUGGUGUAGAUGGGGGAUUAAGAAAGGUUUUCUUUAGCAAAUGGCAUUUGAACUGAGGCCUGAAAUGAGUGUCAGCUAAGGAAGAAGGUAAAUGACUCCAGGCCGAGAAAAUAGCACUUGCUAAAGCCCUUAUGCAGGGAAUUGGUUGGUGUGUUUUAGAAAAGGAAAGAAGAAAUAUAAAAUGCAAACAAAAAAAAAAUAGCCUGAGAUGACACUAGAGAAAUAGAGAUUGGGCCAUGCAGGGCUUUGUGGGCUAUUUUAAGAAUAUGGAUCUUUAUCCUCAAAAUGUCAGGAGGCAACCCUUGAGGGGAAUGGGCAUUGACAUAAUCAGGUUUAUAGUUUUUAAGAGGUCUCUCCAGUUACCAUGUGGAAAAUGGACUGAAGGGGGUCAGGUUGGGAUAGAUUUAUUAAAUAAUAGUGUAACAACUGAAAAUACAUUGAUACCAUGUACUUUAAUUUAUGGGUUGUUAUAAAUUCAUAAAAUGUGUCUAGGCAUUAGUUUCUCCAUGUGGAAAAUGAUGAGGCUGAACUUGUAAUUCUCAAAGCUUGGACUCCCCCACAAAUGAGCUGAAUAAUUGAUCCUCUGAGACCUGGAGGCAGCAGCUCCAAUCCUUAACCACUUCCUGUGCCGGCUCCAGGAUGCCAUGCGAGAAUGAGCAUUUUCUAGGUGCACCAUGAAGUGACAAAGAUUGAGAGGCCCUCCUCUAAACCCCUUUCCUGCACUAACAUUCCAUGAUUCUAGGUUUUGAGGAAAUCAAAUUCUAAUCUGACACCUUGGUUUUACCAUUGAGGAAAGUGUUGCCCAAAGAAGGAAAGUGGCUCACCUAAAAUUGCAUGGCUUAGUGUAUAGAACAUUACUCUCCUAACUAGUAAUCCUGGGUUUUUCUAGUUUGCCAUACUGUCUCUAUAUCCUUUGUAAGCAGUAUAAUGAAUUAUUAUAAUUAUCAAAUUGCAGGUGCCUCUUUUUCUUUCCUCUAUUUAUGAACAGAAGUACAGUUUAUUCUUUUUUGAUUACCAGUUAAGAAUUUAUUGCUGUAAGUCAUCAAGCAUCGUUUUACUAAAACUUGAAGACUAGAAAUGGAGAAAUUAAUUCCUAGGAAAACAACACAUCUUAUCUUAUUCUGGCUUAGCUGAAAAUAUUGCAAGACUAGCAUUUCUAUUUCAAAAUCAGUCCAAAGGCUGUGAGCAUACAGAAGCGAUGAAUAGAAAGAUAAGUUAGCUGAACUCUUAAUGACUUUUACUUGAUUUGAACUUGAGUUCAAAGGUAAAUCAAAAGUUUAAAGUUGAACUUGAAUCUUACUAUGCCAUAUAGGCUUUCCUUAGCCUUCUCAAAAAUCUAAAGUAUAAGGGAGGUCCAGGAGUAUAGUGAUUCUGCGCACAGACUCUGGAGUCAGGUGGUCUGAGUUCAAAUCCCCAGCUUCUCCUCCUACCAACUUCGUGACUUAGGAAAAAUUACCUUUCUCAGACUCAUUUUAUCCACUUGAAGAGUAGAAAUGAUGACAUUUCACAGUAAAAAUUAAAUGAGGCAAUAUAUGAAGUAAUUUUCUCUUAAAUCUUAAAUUACCUCAGCAUUUGCUUUCAUAAUUUCUUUCCAAUUUUAAGUGACGAAGUCCA